UCCCAGUGAGCUUCGGUGAGCUGAGGUUCGCGGCGGCAACGAUCGAUUGGCGGAGUGUCUUGAGCGUAGCACGGAAUCCAGCAUAUCGAAAAGAUUCCGUACUGACGAAGCUAAAGGAGCCCCUACCACUCCACUGGGGAGAUAAGAAAGCGUCGGGGAUCCAGAGGCGAGUACGUAAGGUGAGAACGUUAUGCGGCCGCACCUCUUGGCGUCUUAGGGGGCGUUCGAAUUCCGAGACAGUUUGGCCGACUGACCUAGCGAUCCAUCCACCCAACCAACCAUUUCGCUAUUGACGAAAUGACCGAUACAAGAGGAAAAAUGUUACGGAAACGCGGGAUGCUGCACGGCAUCAUACUGAUAGCCACGAUAGUCGCUGUCAUAGGACCCUCCUCUUCACUCAAAAUCUAUGAGCACCUCACCGACUGCUAUCGUCGCAACAACACUGAACCUUGGGCACCAAGCUCUUUACAUAUUCUUCUUGAGUUGAUUCGUAAGGUGGAAGAGGCCUAUCCCACAUCAAUAAACAUGCGUAUGAUGGCUGUGAGUAUCCUUCAUGGAUUACGCAUCGACGGUAUUCAGAAGGCACCAGGCGUUCACGAAACUGAAUACACGAUACCAUAUGGAGUGAAUAAAAUGAUGGCAUCAAAAUUCAAACUUAUUCUGGAUUCGGUUUCUAAUACACCAAAUCCAAUUAAUUUCACCGAGGUGUUAACCCCUCUCGAGUUGUGUACAUUCCAUCGUCUAGUCAGUUCAACGGUUGAACCUUCACUGCGCGGAGACGAAUCGAAAACCUGUAGCCCGAAUCUGAGUACAAGCGCGGAUGGCCAAGGUGUGCAGUGUUUGAAUCAAAAGGUCGUGACAUUCCCAAACGGCGUCGUGCAAGUUACUCCUCAAGGAAUAUCAAGAUGUCCAGAAGAGAAGGGAGUUGUAAGGACGUUUCAGUACGGUUCAUUAUCUCCUGGCAGUGUGAUUGGUGCAAUAGCAGCAGGCCUUCAACCUCAACAAGUUCCAAUUGAAUAUUUACUACAAGAUAGAAACGAUGUCGACAAAAAUACUGAAAAGUUUAGGCGAGUUGCCAACCAAGUAGGAUACGUCGAUAAUUUGUUUAUAGCUGGUAUAGUCGGUGACCUAGCUGAAGUGUGUGCCCAGCAAGCACCAUAUCGUGGUGAAAAUGUGUCUGUGGGCUUCACUGGAUAUUGGGAUGAUAUGCAACACCCAAUGACACGUUACCUUGUAAACGGUGAUUACAAUUCAUGGCAACUGACCGACAGUGAAAUUCUAGCUGGACUUGAUUCAUAUCAUUUGGGCAAAUAUGUGAAUUCAUGGGUAAAACGAAUGCCGAUGCUUCGAUUAUCCCAACUGCUAGAAAUGUACUACAGUUCUCGUGGUAUACCCGGGUCUAGUGUAAACACAUUCCGAAAACCUGCUCUCGCACCAGAUUCAGGAACAGACGCUACAGUGGAGACUCCACUCCAAAAAGGUCCAUAUCUACACAUGCAAAGCGCUGGUGACGGUCUUCCUAAUAGUCCAUACCUUGAUGGAACCGAUAUAGAAGAUAGUUUUGAUUCGCUCGAUAGCGCAUGUGAAAGGGAGCGAAUGCUCGAGCGAAUGUCCAUUCAUAUUCUAAAAAAUCAAACUGGAAAAUGGGCGCAAGUUCUUCAAUUUUUGGGACCUAUGGUUGCGGUGGAAGAGACAGUGUUGCUUCCGGCGUGUUACAACGCGGUGGAUCGAUUUUUUACAGAAGCAAGAACUUUGUUGAGCCGCCUCCCCAGUUGUAAAAACAUUCCAACAAGUAAUCGGCGUGCGAACGUGGAUUUGACGAUGAUUCUCGAUACGACAAGAGAUGAGGUUCAGACUCGUAAGCUCAUAGGAGUAAUUUCCGAGCUGAUCGAUGUUUCAACAUAUGGGUCAUACAUUUCUGUAAUAAAUGGAGGCACCAGCGAUGUUGUGGUUAGUAGAACCAACAGUGUAUUACGGGCUAUGCAGGAAUUGCGAUACUUUAGUGGGGAAAGGAGAUAUACAUCGUCUUUCUCCCUUUCGACAAGCCUAUCCAAAGUUGUUCAGAUGUUCAGCACUUAUAACAACGAAAUGGCAGAAAACGCUUCGGUUUGUCAAAGAGCACGUGUGGUCCUUGUUGUAUCUCAGGGACAAAAAAUAACUGACGAUGAUUUCAAGAAUGCCGAGUGGUUGUUUUCAGGAUCUUUGCAACAAUUUCGCAACGUCUACUACGUGUUCGUGACGAAUGACCAUAAAGCUUUUGAGGCUUUAAUGCAGAGUGUUAUGCAAACAUCGUAUGUUCUCCCAAAUCAAUACACAAUCAUCGACUCAUCAGAUUUAGAACCAAAGACAUUUCUCUCCGAUGUGGGGAAGAUCCUUCGAAAAAUACCAAAGCAACUUUUCGUACCGACUUGCGACGAAGUCAAUUCGCAGACUGAAAACACUGGAGCUCCGAAACGAAAUCAAUUCGAGGACUAUGUGGGUCCGAACCAAGCGAAUUAUUAUUCCAUCAAUCCAACGCACCUUCGUAAUGUUUCUGAGCUACGAAUCCAAUUUGAAGGCGUUGGUUAUGGGACCUUCACUGUUUGUAUGGUUCAGGGAGUGAACCAGUGUCAAAGCACCGCCAUACUCGAGGUGCUUCUAUUUAAUAUAAGUCAACCUUGCCAAAGUGAUGACGUGAAGACUUGCUCGGAUAUCAACUUUUCGGUAGAGUUAGACUCAUCGAAUAUACGCUGUACCGAGGCGGAUUGCCGUUAUCCUGACCAAGUACGCUACUUGGUCACGCUGCAUAACAUGGGGUGCUCUACCGACGGUGCAAGUCGUCCAUUCAAUUGUGCUGUGUUUUUGUUACUAGCUUUAGUCAUGUUAUUAUUAAAUGUUUAGUAGGUGCUAGAAAAAAUAUACCAAAAGACUUUUUAUGUUUAUAAAA